AUGGAGACAACACCUCACUCCGAUGGGAACAACACCGAAUGGUACGAGUACGACGAGGGGGAUGAUGAGAAUCAAAAACCAGCGCGGCCACAGCCAGACGCAGCCGACUAUGUAGAAGAACUGUCCCAAGAAGUUAGGCGCGUUCAGGAUGGAGGCUAUCAUCGAGCGGCUCCUGGCCGCUCUAGUCGCUGGGGCGUCCAGUCACUCUACAAAUAUGCGAUGUAUAUCCUUCCGACAAUCACGCUCACCGAAGACGACUCGCUCCCCCUCGUCAAACCCUACUUCCUGAGCCUCGGCCUCCUGUACAGAGGUGAUUCAGGCCCGUCUUCGGAUCCUGGAAAAAAACAGUUAGGACGGCAGCGACACGCAGAGCUGGCGGCAGAAGGAGGCCGCAAAGGCUCCUACGGUGCGACCAUCACGAACCAGAAUCCCGUCAUGGAGCCAAUAGGAAUUUAUUGGCCAUGA